AUGGACCCCCCGGACUCGGCCUCGAGGGUGUUCUGUAGCCGCAUCCUAAGCAUGGUGAAUGCGGACGAUGUCAGCGCCAUCAUCCUGGCCCAGAAGAACAUGCUGGACCGCUUUGAAAAGACCAACGAGAUGCUGCUCAACUUCAACAACCUGUCAAGUGCCCGCCUGCAGCAGAUGAACGAGCGCUUCCUGCACCACACAAGGACCCUGGUGGAGAUGAAGCGGGACUUGGACAGUAUCUUCCGCAGGAUCAGGACACUGAAAGGGAAGCUGGCCAGACAGCACCCAGAGGCCUUCAGCCACAUCCCAGAGGCAUCCCUCCUGGAGGACGAAGAUGAAGACCCCAUCCCGCCUAGCACCACCACCACCAUUGCCACCUCGGAACAGAGCACAGGCUCGUGUGACACCAGCCCCGACACCGUCUCCCCCUCCCUCAGCCCUGGCUUCGAGGACCUGUCCCAUGUCCGGCCUGGUUCCCCCGUCAUCAACGGUCGCAGCCAUACAGAUGACGAGGAGACGCCGGGCGAGUAG